AUGAGAAGGGAGCAACCCUGUGUUUGGUCCAAAUCCUGCCUUCUCAUCCACGAGAUCAUUAAUCCUUCCAUCCACAUGGUGCCCCCCCCCCCCCAUGGUGAUGUGUUCCUGGAUCAGAGUCUCUUCAUUAAGAUUCAUUUCCAAAAGCUAUGACAUUUUAGACCCCAGCCACAUCGUGCCUGUCCCCUGGCAAUGCUUGCUCUGUUUUUGCAUUUCUUGAUGCCCAGAACAACGGCUGCGGUUAUGGACGUUUGUCUGCACUCCGGGCAGCAGCAGGCCAGACGCCUGCGGGAAGCACCGUGCGCCCCAGAUGGGGGCUUAGAGCCGGCGGCGGAGGGGGCUCUCCAGGAGGAUGGUACCGGCAGACCCCCAGGAGUGAAGCUUAGUGGAAAAGUGCCUUUUAAGGCAAGCGUGAGGAGAGCAUUAAAAGCUACGGCUUUGUGCCAGUAUUUGGAGGAACAUACAGAGGAACUGAAUCUCCGAGAUGCGAAGAUUCUCGAGAUUGGUGCUGGACCAGGCCUCGUCUCCACUGUGGCCAGUAUUUUAGGAGCUCAGGUCACAGCAACGGAUUUGCCUGAUGUCCUAGGAAACCUGCAAUACAAUCUUCUGAAGAACACGUCAAAGCGCGCAGCGCACCUGCCAGAAGUGAGAGAGCUGGUCUGGGGAGAGAGCCUGGAGCAGCACUUCCCCAGGUCCACGUUUUACUACGACUAUGUUCUGGCCUCGGACGUGGUCUACCACCACUACUUCCUGGACAAGCUGCUCGCCACCAUGGCGUACCUUUGUCAGCCAGGGACAGUAUUGCUUUGGGCAAACAAAUUCAGGUUCAGCACCGAUUACGAAUUCCUAGAUAAAUUCAAGCAAGUUUUUGACACAACACUCUUGGCUGAAUUUCCAGAGUCAUCAGUCAAAAUUUUCAAAGGAAUAUUAAAAUGGGAUUAG